AUGUCUCGUGGCCAGGGGACCGAUAUCGUCAUCGCGCUCCUUGUGGUGUGCGGACUCCGUCCAAGUCAUGGCGCUCCGGUGGAAUCCUCGAUGGACCUCCACAGGAUGGACAUCAGCUGCAGCGUCGCGUCCCGAUUCGCCCGAACGCUGAUCACUACGGAGAUCCGGAACACCGGGAACUCCUCGCAGGAGGCGAUCUUCGACGUGGAGCUUCCAAAGACCGCGUUCAUCACCAACUUCAGCAUGACGGUGGACGGAGCGACGAAUGUCGGCGUGGUGAAGAAGAAGGAGGACGCCGGUCAGCAGUACGAGCGAGCCGUCUCCCGGGGGGAAAGCGCUGGACUCGUCCAAUCCAUAGGAAGGAAAAUGGAAAACUUCCGAAUCUCUGUGAAUGUCGGGGCUCGGACCACAGCCGUAUUUAAACUGACCUAUGAAGAGUUACUGAAACGGCGGCAUGGGAGUUAUGAAAUGGAGAUCAAAGUUCGACCGAAGCAACUGGUAGAGAACUUUCAGAUUGAUGUGGACAUCUUUGAGCCUCAGGAAAUCAGCUUUGUGGACGCUCAUGGCACCUUCAUCACAAAUGAACUUAAGGAUCUGAUUGGGAUAAGUCACUAUGGAAACAAGGCACAUAUCAUGUUUUCGCCCACCGUGCAACAGCAGCGUAAAUGUUCUGUUUGCUCUGAAACUCUUCUGGAUGGCGAUUUUAUCAUAAAAUACGAUGUGAAGAGAGAAAAAUCUGCCGGGAACAUCCAGAUCGUCAAUGGAUACUUUGUACAUUACUUUGCUCCCAGCAGUCUCGCCAGGCUACCGAAAAACGUGGUGUUUGUGAUUGACUGUAGCGGGUCAAUGAGGGGGCGGAAACUACAACAGACAUUUGAAGCCUUCACCAAGAUCCUGGAAGACCUCCCCGAGGAAGACCAUGUCGGCAUUUUAAAGUUCAACGAAGACGUUUCCAGAUGGAAGCAGAAUCUCGUGAAAGCCGCGCCCGAGAAUAUCAAAAGCGCUAAAGAAUUUGUUGCGCAGAUCACGGCGCGAGGAGGCACAAAUAUAAAUUCCGCUUUGUUACUCGCUGCCGAAAUGUUGCAAAACGACAGAAAGAGCAAAGUGUUACCUGAAAUCAGCGCUUCCAUCAUCGUCUUCCUGUCCGAUGGAGACCCCACGUCUGGGGUCACGGAUCUGGGCGAAAUCCUGAAAAACGUCAAGGCCGGCAUGGAAGGGGUGGCCGCGCUGUACAGUCUGGGAUUCGGCACCGAUGUGGAUUAUGGCUUUUUGGAGAAGAUGUCAUUGGAGAACGGGGGCCUAGCGAGGCGGAUCUAUGAGGACUCUGACUCCGCCUUGCAGCUGCAGAAUUUCUACAAAGAAGUGGCGUUCCCGGUCCUCCUGGAUGUAUCCGUACAAUAUCCCGCCCUCCAAGUGAAUCAUUUGACCCAGAACAGCUUCAACCAUUACUAUCAGGGCUCCGAGCUGGUCGUGGCCGGACACAUUGACAAUAACGACAUCGACGUCCUGACGGCGCAAGUGACGGCUCAAGGUGCGUCCGAGACGUUCUCUAUGAAUGUGGAAACAAACAUCAGGGAAGAUGCUGAGAUUGCCAGAGAGCAGCGCUAUGCAUUCGGGGAUUUCACCGAGAGGCUGUGGGCUUACCUGACCAUCGAGCAGCUGCUGACCAAACUGAUAUCAGCAGAGGGAGAAGAGAAGGGAAAGAUAACGGAGGAGGCCCUGCGGCUGUGUCUGAAAUACAGCUUUGUGACUCCGCUCACCUCCAUGGUCAUCACCAACCCCGAGGAUGACAAUGACGGGAGGAAAGUGGUGGCCAAUAAACCCAAAGAGGACGAUAACGAGCCUUCUGUUUCGACAGCCAAAAGUAAGUUCUCCGUCCUCUGCAGUUCAUCACUGGCUGGGUAUGACUCAAAGCCUGCAGAGGAGAAGUGGCUGGACCGGGGGAGCGGAGCAGCCGACGGAUCGGAGGAAGAGGACAUCCAGAAAAGCAGGUAUGUGGUGGUGAUGAUGUCAUCAGGGGCGGGGCCAUCAGAUGGGGAUGAUGUACGGGCGGCCGUGGCCGUAACUUAUACACUCCAGAGACGAUGGAAGGAGCAGGAUGGAAGGCUGACCCCCGAACAAAAGGAAGUUCUAACAGUGAAUGAAGUCUUCCUUCCGGAAACUCCAUUCAUUGUCAGAAUCGAAUGUGAACAUCGCAUGAAAUCUCGGCGAGUCUGUGACGGCGUCAUCGAAUGUUCCCAGCAGAUUUCUCUGUCGCACUACGCUCGCAUAUCCUCCAUUAGAAGAAAAGUAGCGGGUCGACGCUCAUCCAUCGUGAGCGGACUAGUGCCAGAGCGGCCAUUGAUGGUACCGGUCUGGAACGCAGUGGAGGAAACAAUAAAAGAACCUACGGCCAAGAUAAGUCCAGAACCGGAUUCUACGACUGUCGCUUUAAUAUCUCUGCCCUUUGUUCCCGACAAAAUCUUCCUCGGAAUUGAUGAGACGCCGGACACCUGGAUCAAUCUGUUACACAACCCAGACCGGGACAUAACACUGAACGGGAGGCUGGCGGCGGACGGGAGCAGUUUUGCUCGGCUGGGAUUUGUGAACAGGAAGAAGAAGAUAUCGAUGGACAUCGCGGCGGAUAAUUUUACGUUGUUCGCCGCGCCCAAUGCGCAGACCUACAACUGGACCUCAGCGCUGCAAGGAGUCCGGUAA